AGUGUGGUGGCGGCGAGUAGGUUGCGCCGAGCAGUGGGUUCGGCUCGCUCCGACGGCCCCGUGUGCGGCUAGCUGUCACCAUGUCGUCGGUGAACCCCAUCCAGAUCCCCAGCCGCCUCCCGCUGCUGCUCACCCACGAGGGCGUGCUGCUGCCCGGCUCCACCAUGCGCACCAGCGUGGACUCGGCCCGCAACCUGCAGCUGGUGCGGAGCCGCCUGCUCAAGGGCACGUCGCUGCAGAGCACCAUCCUGGGCGUCAUCCCCAACACGCCCGACCCGCCCAGCGACGCGCAGGACCUGCCGCCGCUGCACAGGAUCGGGACGGCUGCUCUGGCAGUUCAGGUUGUGGGCAGUAACUGGCCCAAGCCCCACUACACUCUGCUGAUCACCGGCCUGUGCCGUUUCCAGAUCGUGCAGGUCCUGAAAGAGAAGCCCUACCCUGUUGCUGAAGUGGAACAGUUGGACCGGCUCGAGGAGUUUCCCUCCGCCAGUGACUCUAGGGAGGGACUAGGAGAACUUUCAGAGCAGUUUUACAAGUACGCAGUGCAAUUGGUUGAAAUGUUGGACAUGUCUGUCCCUGCUGUUGCCAAAUUGAGACGUCUUUUAGACAGCCUUCCAAGAGAAGCUUUACCAGACAUCCUGACAUCAAUUAUCCGGACGAGCAACAAAGAGAAGCUCCAGAUUUUAGAUGCUGUGAGUCUAGAGGAGCGAUUCAAGAUGACUAUACCAUUACUUGUGAGACAAAUCGAAGGCCUGAAAUUGCUUCAGAAAACCAGAAAACACAAGCAGGAUGAUGAUAAGCGGGUGGUAGCAAUACGGCCUGUUAGGAGGAUUACACACAUCCCAGGUACCUUAGAAGAUGAGGAUGAGAAGGAAGAUAAUGAUGACAUUGUCAUGCUAGAAAAAAAAAUACAAACAUCCAGUAUGCCGGAGCAGGCCCACAGAGUCUGUGUCAAAGAAAUAAGAAGACUCAAAAAAAUGCCUCAGUCAAUGCCAGAAUAUGCUCUGACUAGAAAUUAUUUGGAACUUAUGGUGGAGCUUCCUUGGAACAAAAGUACAACUGAUCGUCUGGAUAUUCGGGCAGCCCGAAUUCUUCUGGAUAAUGACCAUUAUGCCAUGGAAAAGUUGAAGAAAAGAGUGCUGGAGUAUUUGGCCGUCAGACAGCUGAGACACAACCUGAAGGGCCCAAUCCUGUGCUUUGUGGGCCCUCCUGGAGUCGGUAAAACCAGCGUGGGAAGGUCAGUGGCUAAGACUCUGGGGCGAGAGUUCCACCGGAUUGCACUCGGAGGGGUGUGCGAUCAGUCUGACAUCCGAGGACACAGACGCACCUACGUGGGCAGCAUGCCUGGCCGUAUAAUCAAUGGCUUGAAGACUGUUGGUGUUAACAAUCCAGUGUUCCUAUUAGAUGAGGUUGACAAGCUGGGGAAAAGUUUACAGGGUGACCCUGCCGCAGCUCUCCUCGAGGUGUUGGAUCCCGAACAAAACCAUAACUUCACAGAUCAUUAUCUGAAUGUGGCCUUUGACCUUUCCCAAGUUCUUUUUAUAGCUACUGCCAACACUACCGCUACGAUUCCACCUGCCUUGCUGGAUAGAAUGGAGAUAAUUCAGGUUCCAGGGUACACACAAGAGGAGAAGAUCGAGAUCGCCCAUAGGCACUUGAUCCCAAAGCAGCUGGAGCAGCAUGGACUGACACCUCAGCAGAUUCAGAUCCCGCAGAUUACGACUCUCGACAUCAUCACUAGGUAUACCCGAGAGGCAGGGGUUCGUUCUCUGGACAGGAGGCUUGGAGCCAUUUGCCGAGCUGUUGCCGUGAAGGUGGCGGAAGGACAACACAAGGAGGCCAAGUUGGACCAUUCUGACAUGACCGAGGGAGAAGGUUGCAGAGAACACAUCUUAGAAGAUGCAAAACCUGAAUCUGUCGAUGACACUACCGACUUGGCCCUGCCACCUGAAAUGCCGAUUUUGAUUGAUUUUCACGCUCUGAAAGACAUCCUUGGGCCCCCGAUGUAUGACAUGGAGGUAUCUGAGCGUUUGAGUCAACCAGGAGUGGCAAUAGGUUUGGCUUGGACUCCCUUAGGUGGGGAAAUCAUGUUUGUGGAGGCAAGCCGAAUGGAUGGCGAAGGUCAGUUAACUCUAACUGGCCAGCUCGGGGAUGUCAUGAAGGAGUCUGCCCAUCUGGCCAUUAGCUGGCUUCGCAGCAAUGCAAAGAAAUACCAUUUGACUAAUGCUUCUGGAAGUUUUGAUCUUCUUGACAACACAGACAUCCAUCUGCACUUCCCAGCUGGAGCUGUCACCAAAGACGGACCAUCUGCUGGAGUUACCAUAGUAACCUGUCUUGCCUCACUUUUCAGUGGGCGGCUGGUGCGUUCUGAUGUAGCCAUGACUGGAGAAAUUACGCUGAGAGGCCUCGUUCUCCCAGUGGGUGGAAUUAAAGACAAAGUGCUGGCAGCUCACAGAGCGGGACUGAAGCAGAUCAUCAUCCCUCAGAGGAACGAGAAGGACCUGGAAGAAAUCCCAGCCAAUGUGCGACAGGAUCUGAGUUUUGUCACAGCCAGCUGCCUGGAGGAAGUUCUCAACGCAGCUUUUGAUGGCGGCUUUGCUGUCAAGACCAGACCUGGGCUCUUAAAUAGCAAAUUGUAGGUCCAGAUCUCAGCUUUCCAGAGUUUGCAGUUAUGACGUGUCAGAAGGCACUGAGAGUUGAGUUUAUUCACACCAGUAGGGUAAGCAGAUGCCUCUACUUUAGAAACAUAAUCACAGCGGUAAUGAACCUCGCUCGGGUGGGGGUUACUGUCUGUUGCAGAUAUUAGAUGCUAAUUUAAUAAAGUGAGAACAGAGAGCUCUUCCGUGACUUGAGUGGGAUCAUUGCUGCCCCUGAAAAGGUGCAGAGCGGCGGCUGGUUGUGUUCCCAGGACAGAAACAUCUGUGUCACCUGAGCAUGUUAACCAGGUGCCACCAAGCCCGUCCCGACUCACGUCCCCGUGUGUGUCAGAGUACACCUGUGCUUCCCAGGGUUUUCAGUGCUGGUUUCUCCAAAGUAGAUCGCCAGGGCUUUCCUUCAAGGUGCCUCUGGUUGGACUCAAACCGCCAGCCUUUCGGUAAGCAGCUAAGGGUGUUAAUUGCUUGGACCAUCCAGGGACUAUGUACUGUCGAGUUGAUUCCGACUCCUGGUGACCCUUUGGGACAGAGUAGAACUG